AUGCUUAAUAUAAAUAUUGAAUUACUAUUAUUGUUUGUAACACACACACUUUCUUUGCAAUGGUGCCUAAAUGGAAAUACAAUUGAAUGCUACACUACAGACUUUAUUUAUCAAAACUUAACCCUUCAAGUUAAGAAUUCUAAAAUAAAGUACAUUAAUUGCACUUUUUUGAAAUAUGUUGAAAUAUACUUUGUCGAACAAAGAAAAGCAAUAACUAUCUUUUUAAAUUAUACAUAUUUUAACUUGAAAUAUAUAGACAACAAAUAUAACAAUACUGCAUUCAACAUAUCCAAUUAUAUUGAUAAUAACAAUGGAACAACAAACAUUAUGCAACAAAGAAAAAACUCAAUGACAUGUAAUGGGUUGGCUGUCGAUAAUUGUUUAGAGUGUUUUCCUACUUGGGUUGGUUGUGCUUUAUGUGAACAAGGUUACACUCUUAUGUAUAGAACAGUUAAUAGUCAAAAAGAAUAUACAUGUACGUAUGGUACAACAAUUCCGUCAGGGUACUAUAAAAGGUGCAAUGAUAAUUGGAAGUAUAACGAAUCUACAGGAAGGUGUUGUGCCAUCAACUGUAGUUCAGAAACGUGUUCCGCUUCAUUUACUAACCCAUGUGCUACAUGUGCAUCCCCUUAUAAAUUAGUUGGCUACUCGUGUUAUUACAACGGGUGUACUGUUGCAAAUUGUGAAACGUGUUCGAGUUCGGGUGUUUGUAGCACUUGUAAAAGUGAAUACACAUUUAAAAAUUCGUCGUAUUGUGAAAAAAACUCCAUUACCAUUCCAAAUUGUGCAACAUACAGGGGAACGUCAUGUACAAAAUGUGAAUCGAAUUAUUACUUGUUAAACAGUACAUUUUGCCAACUUUGUGACACAACUUGUGGUGGUUCAUGUUCUGAUUCGACAGGAUAUUGUUCAAGUUGUUCUACUGGGUUGGUGUACACAAAUCCACAAUCCAACCAGUGUGAAGUGUGUUCUAAUUAUGAUUCAAAGUGUGUCGAAUGUCUGACUCCAAAUAGAGAGUGCCGGAUGUGUACAGAUGGAUAUUACCCAACAAGUACAAACUCCAAUUGCAUUUCUUGUGAUUCAACGUGUGCAUCGACGGGGUGCAACACACAGACAGGCGCGUGUGGCACUUGUGUAAGCAAUCAGUAUACAAUAAUCUCUGAAACAAGUGUCACGUGUCAGACGUGUUCUUCUUUUGACUCAAAUUGUGUAGAGUGUUCAACCAUCUCACGAAAGUGCACAAAAUGCACAAGUGGGAUGUACCCAUCAACAACAUCUCCAUUUACAUGUGUAAGUUGUGAUUCAACGUGUUUGAAUGGAUGCAACACACAGACUGGAUACUGCGAGAUAUGUUCAUCACAGUACACUCCCGCAAUAACACAACCUUCGAAAUUCUGUUCUUCUUGCAAUUCAAUAGACCCAAACUGCAACACGUGUUCAUCAACAGAGAGAAAGUGUUUAAGUUGUGCAUCUCCGUAUUUUGUUGGCAAUAAUGGGGCAAACUGUGUACAAUGUGAUUCGUCUUGUUCUUCGUGUGAUGCAAAUGGGUAUUGCACCUCAUGCGCAUCAAAUUAUGUGAUGUAUGACACACAAAACACAAAGUGCCAAAGUUGCGCAGACUUCGAUUCAAACUGUGAGACUUGUCCAGGUGGAAACGAGAAGAAAUGCACAACUUGCAAAACAACAAACAUGUACCCGUCACCAGAUACCGGGAAGUGCAUUUCGUGUUCAACUACAUGUGGUGGAAGUUGUGACCAAACAGAUGGACAUUGCACUUCAUGUGAUAGUGGUUUGGUGUUUACAAAUCCACCAUCAACAGUGUGCGAAGUGUGCAAAAAUUUUGAUUCUCAUUGUGCCACUUGUGCUGACAAUGGUGUCAGAUCGUGUCUAAUAUGUUCAGUUGGGUAUUACCCGUCGAGUGGCAUGUGUGUAUCGUGUACAGCAACGUGUCAACAAAACGAGUGCAACGCAGCAAAUGGAAUAUGCACAAAAUGUAUUGACAAUCACGUUGUGACUUCGCCAAUUUCAACAAAUUGUGAAAGUUGCAGUGUUUAUGACCAAAAUUGCGUGACUUGUGCAACAGACUUCACAAGAAAGUGUAUUGCCUGCAAACCAAAUUAUUACAUCAAAAUGAGUGGCGAUUACAAAUGCCAAAGUUGCUCAUCGACGUGUGGGGGCGCCUGCAAUGGUAGCAAUGGAUUUUGCACAACAUGUUCAAGUGGGAUGGUGCCAACCAAUCCACCUUCAACAACGUGUAUAACAUGUCAGGCAUUUGAUGUAAAUUGUGAGAGUUGUGUGACUGAUGAGCGGAAGUGCAUAAAGUGUUCAACACCAAACAUGUAUCCCGACGACACGUCACGCACCUGUGUGUCAUGUUCAACAACAUGUGGAGGGAGUUGUGAUGCUACAAAUGGGAUAUGCACAACAUGUCAAGAUAACUUUGUCUUCCAAUCAACUAAAUCGAGAGUCUGUGAACAAUGUUCAACUUUUGAUGAACAUUGUAAUAAAUGCUCGUCUGCAUUCGACAGAAAGUGUGUGAUGUGUAACAAUGGAUAUUACCCAAACGAAAAUGGUGUAUGUGUUCCAUGUGGACAAAACUGCAAUAGCUGUGACGAAUCGACUGGCGCAUGUUCAAGUUGCAGUACAAACAACGUAUUUUCAGAGAGCGACAACAAGACUUGUAUGACGUGCAGUUCGUUUGAUGUGUUGUGUUUAACAUGCUCGUCUUCUUUUGAGAGGAAAUGUGCCAAGUGUUUGACUGGGAGUUAUCUCUCGAAUGGGCCAAAGUGCACACUCUGUGAUACGACAUGUGACACCAAUUACUGUAAUAAUCAAAGUGGGAUAUGUUCAAAGUGCUCACAGCCACAAUAUGUUGUGACAUCGCCACAGUCAACCCGUUGUGUCAAUUGCAACGUUUUUGACACGAAUUGUAUGGAGUGCAAAGGAGAUUAUUCAUCACGACUGUGUGUUCGAUGUGCAAGUGGGAUGUAUCCAUCGUCAAGUGGAAGUUGCGUGUCGUGUUCGUCCACGUGUGGAGGGCAGUGCAACACAAUAAAUGGAGAGUGCACCGGGUGUCAGACAAAUUAUGUCUUCAGUGAUCCAAAGGGGUUGACUUGUCAAAUGUGUUACGAUUUUGACUCAAAAUGCACAACGUGUUCUUCAGACUUCAGCAGAAAGUGUGUUGUGUGUAAUGAUGGGUACUAUGUUGUUGAUGGCAAAUGCAAAGUAUGUGACGAAUCAUGUGGUGGUAAGUGUGAUACAACCAGUGGACAUUGCACAGGCUGCGACACAAACAAAGUCUUUUCAACAACAAAUAGCAGUGUGUGUAUUGCGUGUGCUGAUUUUGAUGCAUAUUGUCGAGUCUGUGCGUCAAGUGGCGAGAGAAAGUGCAACACAUGCACCAACAAGACACACCCAGACGAGACUGGUAAAUGUGUUCCAUGCGACGCACAAUGCACAACGGGCUGCAAUGGCCAAACUGGUGUUUGUGUCAACUGCAAUUCAAACGAAGUUAUUGACGAGUCUGAUGGAACAACAAGGUGUGAGGCGUGUUCUUCGUUUGACUCAAAUUGCAAUUUGUGUGCAUCAGACCAAUCGCGUGCGUGUGAGGAAUGCAACACAAACUAUUACCCGGACACAUCAACAGACUUCAAGUGCAAAAUUUGUGACGCAACAUGUAACGGAAGUUGCAACACGCGAAAUGGGUAUUGCACGGGGUGUUUAUCAAAUUACGUUUUUAUUUCUUCAAUGAGUUUGACGUGCCAAAGCUGCAGAACGUUUGAUUCUCAUUGUGCGACUUGUUCGCCCGACUUUUCCAGAAAGUGUGUGACCUGUGACAGUGGGUAUUACCCGUCAAAUGGAAUAUGUGUAGCGUGUUCAACAAUGUGUCAACAAAAGAAGUGCAACAUAUCAAAUGGAAUGUGCACACUAUGUAUUGACAAUUACGUUGUGACUUCGCCAUUUUCUACAAACUGCAUAAUGUGCUCAGCAUGGAACAAAGACUGUGUGACUUGUGCAACAAAUUUCACUCAGAAGUGUGUGAAAUGCAAAAAUGGUAAAUUUGCAUCAAAUGGAAAGUGUCAAGAUUGUGACUCGACAUGUGGUGGUGCCUGUGAUGGGGUGAGUGGACAUUGUACUGGUUGUACGGCAACGUAUGUUCCUUCAAACACAAAUCUGUCUGUGUGUAUAUCGUGCCAGGUAUUUGAUAUGAAUUGUGAGAGUUGUGUGACUGAUGAGCGGAAGUGCAUAAAGUGUUCAACACCAAACAUGUAUCCCGACGACACGUCACGCACCUGUGUGUCAUGUUCAACAACAUGUGGAGGGAGUUGUGAUGCUACAAAUGGGAUAUGCACAACAUGUCAAGAUAACUUUGUCUUCCAAUCAACUAAAUCGAGAGUCUGUGAACAAUGUUCAACUUUUGAUGCACACUGCGCUAAAUGCUCGUCUGCAUUCGACAGAAAGUGUGUGAUGUGUAACAAUGGAUAUUACCCAGACGAAAUCGGUGUAUGUGUUCAAUGUAGCACAAUAAACACAAAUUGCACGAGUUGCAGCCAAACAGUUAAGAAGUGCCUGGCGUGCAAAGACCCACAAUACCUAACUUUAAAUGGGAUUUGUUCAAAUUGUGAAAUUGGGACUUACAAGAAGACUGAGACAACAUGUGAAAGUUGUUAUUUUGCAACUGAGAAUUGCAAUGUGUGUUCCACAUAUUCUGUUGCUGUUUCCAAUUGUACCUCUUGUAUGACUAACUUUGUAUUGAAUGGCGGGGAGUGUCAGUUGUGUCCAAGUGGGAAGUAUUACAAUCCAAAUUCAAAGAACUGUCAAAAUAAUGAUGUAAACUGUCAAAUACAAGUCGACGAAUCAACUUGUCUUCUUUGUAACAUCAACUGUUUUUUGGCGAAUGGGGUUUGCCAACAAACAACUCGAUGUCAAAGUCCGUCCAACACCACAAUGUCUUCUUGUGACUGUUAUGACCAAAUCUCCGUCAACUCCGAUUGUCAAGACAAAAUGGUAAAUUGCAAACACCAGAAAGUGAAAAGGGAAAUUCUGUUUGUAUUAAUUGCAACGACAACUUCACUUUGA